AAUCAAAGUGACUUCAUUCUACUAAACUGUUAAAUGAUGUUGUUGUGUUGCCUCCAGGGACACAGUCGGGAGCCCUUUCAAGGGUAUAGAUCUGGUCUGGUGUUCUGCAGCCAGGACUUAAAUCUGAGGUUUAUCGGGUGGACUCUCCUCUCUAGCACCUUGGUAUAGUAGUGUAGUGUGAUCCCGCUGAAGAUGAAAUUAACCAUCUCAUACUUGAUCUUAAACAUGAGGAGGUUCUGUCCCCAACGUCCACUCACUGCUUCAAAGGUAUGUCAACCAGCUCCGCCCCACAAUAUCUACAACCCCAAUGAAUUCUGGGUGAAUUUGAUCCUUUCCUGCCACUGCACAGAUGUUUGACUUCCACACCACAGAUAAGAAUCCACACCUUCAUGCUCUGACUUGGUGCGAUUGAGGAGAUCCUUCAAGUUUUCCUUUCACCACAUGACUCAGUUCCUCAGUCAGCAGAUCACCAGCCACUCUAUAAACAGUGUGAACUGGGACUGACUGAAGGUCUCGCUCCAUAGCCUCAGAGUUUAAGCCUCAGUUGCAUCUGGUAUCCACCAGGACGUUCUGGGAUGACCACCAUGACUAGCCUCAGCAGCCUAUCGACCAAAGCUCUGGACAGCUGCCCAUCUCUAGCAUGUGAUUGAAUCAGGUUUAGGUCUCCCGGGCAGAUCCAGUGUCCACCUGCCACCUGAUCUGACUCAGCAGCAGGUGGUGAUCAGUUGACAUCUUCGCUUCUCUCAGUUUAUAAAACAUAUGAAGGACAUAAAGUGGAUUAUGGAUCUGUGACUGAGGACGUCCUGGUGCCAAGUUCACUUAUGGACUUCCUUAUCUUCAAGGUCUUCAUGGUUUAGUUGUUGAGAAACUAGAACUAACACACAAGUCAGACCGUACUGAUCUGGUUCAGGUCAGGCAGACCAUCACCAGAAAGUCUCUGUGGACUCUGGUGUGGGAGAGUGAGUGGAUUACAAACGUCAGUCUCACAGUGAGAUUAAGACGUGAUCGUGUGACGCAGAGAUCGUAGAAACUUCAACUGACACAAGUUUUUUGUUCCGUGGCUGAAAUCUGUUUUUCUUUGUGCUUAUGUGGUGGCCAUGUUGUUACUGACAGUUAGCCUCUGUACAGACUUUUGUGCUAACUGUGUGUUAGCACAAAAACUUCAAAUGUCCCUCGAUGAAAACCUCUGGGUUGUGGACUCUGGGGUUUCGUGGACUUGUUUCCAUGUGAGUGGACUUUAAUGAGAUCUGUGGAGGCUAGAACAGUCUGAUAAAAGACAGAACCUCAGGUGUGUGAGGGUGAGUCAGUCAGGUGUGUGAGGGUGAGUCAGUCAGGUGUAAGCUGAUGGAGGAUGAAGUGAACGUCACAUUUAUAACCUUUGAAGGACACGUGAACAUGCAGACGUACAGACACGUUUACUUUGUCGUCAUGUUCACGCUCUAUAUUCUCAUCGUCUGCUCUAACGUCACCAUCGUGUGUCUCAUUGUGAUUCACAAAGACCUUCACAAGCCCAUGUACGUGUUCAUCGCAGCGCUGUUGAUCAACUCCGUUCUCUACAGCUCUGCCGUUCACCCCAAGCUGCUGAUAGACUUCCUGUCUGAGCGACAGCUCACCACGUUCACACCGUGUGUCCUUCAAGCGUCGUCAUAUUACACUUUAGCCACGUCAGAGUUCCUGCUGCUGUCGGCCAUGGCCUACGACCGGUACGUGUCCGUCUGUAGACCUCUGCACUACCAGACCCUCAUGAGCAGGUCCACGGUGACGCUGUUCCUGGUGUGUGCGUGGCUCGUACCUGCGUGUGAACUCAGCGGAUCGGUCGUGAUGUAUAUGAACGUAAAGAUGUGUCACUUCACUUUGAAAGGCGUCUUCUGUAACACUCUGAUUUACACGCUGCAGUGUGUGAGCUCUGUCGCUCUGUCUGUGUACGGCGUGGUGAUUUUAGUCAACCUCGUCCUCUUCCCCACACUCUUCAUCCUCUUCACGUACACCAGGAUCCUGCUCAUCUCCUACAGGAGCUCCACCACAGUCCGGACGAAAGCUGCACAGACCUGUUUGCCUCACCUGCUGGUGUUAAUCAACCUCACCUGCUUCAUCAUGUUUGACGUCAUCGUCGUUCGAAUGGGAGCAGAUUUACCAAAAGUGGUGAGUUUGACGUUAACGUUGUACAUGACGGUUUAUCAUCCUCUGCUCAACCCGUUCAUCUACGGACUGAAGAUGAAGGAGAUCUCCAAACACCUCAGACACCUGUUCUCUCAGCUCACGUUAAUGUGAUCACACGUUGUGUUGUUGUUGUGUUACAGUAAAUGUACAGACUCACAAACACCUCAGACACCUGUUCUCUCAGCUCACGUUAAUGUGAUCACACGUUGUGUUGUUGUUGUGUUACAGUAAAUGUACAGACUCACAAACACCUUCAGACACCUGUUCUCUCAGCUCACGCUAAUGUGAUCACACGUUGUGUUGUUGUGUUACAGUAAAUGUACAGACUCACAAACA